AACUUUUCCUUAUCACUAACUUCUCUGAAAUAUACACUGUUUUGUAUAUGUCAUCAGUAAGAAUAAACAAAUUGGAAUUUUUGCAUAAAUAAACAUGUCAACAUUCUAUUUCGUCAUCGUUGGACACAAUGAUAAUCCUAUAUUUGAAACGGAGUUUAGUACAGUCAAUAAAGAAUUGCGUAAAGAAGACAGUCGUCACUUGAGCCAAUUCAUUGCACAUGCCGCGUUAGAUCUUGUAGACGAACACAAGUGGAGAACGGCCAAUAUGCAGCUCAAGUCAAUCGAUAGGUUUAAUCAAUGGUUCGUGUCCGCAUUCGUCACUGCCAGCCAGAUACGCUUCAUCAUUGUGCAUGACAUUAAAAAUGAUGAUGGCAUCAAGAAUUUCUUUAAUGAAAUGUACGAAACAUAUAUUAAGCAUUCCAUGAACUCAUUUUAUAAAAUCAAUACGCCCAUCAAAUCGCCAGUUUUCGAGAAGAAAGCACAGCUUUUCGGGCGUAAAUUUUUGCUAUCAUUAUAAUCGUUAUAUAGUUUAAUAAAUACAGAAGCAUAUUAUUUAUAAGUA